AUGUUUCUGUAUUUAUUCUUUUUCUUUUUUGCUGGUGUUGUUGUUGGACAUGAUUCCAUAAUCUGCAAUGAGUCUCAGUGUAUAACAUGUCAUCACUGCAAUAAUAUGUAUUGUCCGCCAAGGACAAAACUUACAUGCUACCAAAUCGUGAAGAGAGGUGGGGGUGGCGACAAUGGUGCACACAGCAGCUCUAACUGCGCAUGUCAACCGGAAGACUACUGUGAUGGAUUCUAUUCUUGUCACAACUGGCCGUGCCCAGACUCUGGGCUCAUCCCACGGUGUAAUAUGAGGAACCAUACAUGUAUCUGUGUCCAUCAAACCAGAACUUGUUCUGGAAGUGAUGUCAGCACCUGUAAAAUUACAUGCAAUUCGCAGGAAAAACUAUACUGCGACCACGGGUUUUGCUCUUGCAAGUCACUCAAUUACUGCAACCAAAACGACGCUGAUUGUGCGAACCAUUCCUGCAGCGCAGACUUAGGAGAAUCCCCAUUCUGUAACGUCACACGAUGUCAAUGCGCAGUCGUCGUGGACACCUGUCAAGGAAGUGACACAAGUACAUGUCGACAUCUAAACUGCAACGGGCAGUUCAUGCACCAGAUCUGUAACAAUGGAGUGUGUCAAUGUCAGCUGAAUCCUUCAUGUAGUUCGGCGGUUGAAUGCACAGAGACAAACACGGCGAUGCAAAUCGGAACCAUUACAUUAGAAUGCAAAUCUCAAUACGGCCUCUAUACAGACUGCAAAAACGGAAGGUGUCAGUGUUUCCAGAAUUCUUCAUCAACGACUGCAACAACUACAACAUUUACAGUACCAACAACAACAGCAAAUACAACAAGAAGUACAACACUACAAAAACAUACAACAACAAUAACAAGUACCAAACCACAACAAACAACAACAAGAGAUAUCAUAAUACAACAACAAACAUCUUCUGCAACGACCGGUCCUUCCACGCCUGCAAAAGUACUAGCAGCAACACAACCAACACCAAAUGCACCCAUUGACCCUAAUGCCGCCACAUGUUCCUCCAGAAUGGACUGUAACCAACAGAACACCCAUGCUACGUUUUUGACCUUCGCCAUGCCGUGUCCUGUAGCUCACAUUGACUGUGUUAACAACAAAUGCUUCUGUAGCAGAGACAAGGUAACUACAACUAACCGGGCAGCAGGUACCACAAGUACAUCUCUAAGAGUUACAACUACAGCGUCCCCUGUCGUUAGUACAACAUACUCACUUCAUACAAGAUUGAUAUGUCCAAAAUGUGAUGCUAACCUGACCUGUAAAUGGAAUCAGUCCUGCUACCCCGGGGAAGUCUGCAUGUUGCGGCAAUAUCACAUGGAUCCGUUCACAGUGCAUUGUUCUGAGAAACAAGACUGUCUUUUCAUGAAGAGGAAUAUGAACGUCACAGAGAUAUUGUGUUGUGAAGACCACCAGUGUAUUACUGACAACCUACCUUAAAGAACUAACUGGAAGAAAAAAUGAAAUUAAAAAUUCCUCCAAGGAAACACAUUAAAAAUUCUUUCCAAUUCAAACAACUCGAGAUAAAGAAAAUGUGUGCGUGAUAGUGUCAUAACCUGUCUACAAACCAGUCUGAUAGUUCAACAUGAAGGGUCUGUGUUUAUUUGCAGCUUGCCUUCUUUUGUCAGCGUCCAACUGUUUUGCGGCGUCUCUAACUCGUUCAGGAUGCGCUGGACAAGUCUUCAGCUGUUUCGUCAAUCCAUGUUCGGUGUCGCAGUGUUCAUACCCCGGAUCUCAUUGCAUCGCUGACUACUGCGGGGGAUGUAACGCUGUAUGGUAUGAUGGACACACCAAGCUGACGGCACAACAAUGCUCGACUGCAACAACAUAAACACCAUUAUAAUAAUUCAAAUUACUAUGAAAAAUGAAUGACAUAUAGUACAUCCAUCGGACAAUGGAUAUCUCAUGUGGUUAUUCUUAUAGUUUCAUGAGUCCGUUCUCCUGUGUUAAAAUAAAAUUCAAAUGAUUGCAACUGUAAAUGAUAA